UCGCGGUGCAUCAAAGUGACCUUGGCAGACCUGUCAUUGUCAUUCAUGUUUAAAAAUUCCCGUCACUUCUUAAUUUUUCAUUUCUUUUCACCUGCAAAAACUCAACAAAAUGCUCCUGAGACGUUUCCUGCCUAACAUGCACUUAAGAAUUCGCCAUUUUUCCGAAGCAAAGCUCCUAGAAACAGUUGUUCCACAGUAUCCCCCUUAUUUGGAUUUGAGCGAACAGCUUACACAAGAACCGUCUCUAGGACAAGCCCUCGCGUCGACUAUGACAAUCCACAACGACUUCAUUUCAGAAGCUGAAGAACAAAGUUUGAUCGAUGAAGUUGAACCAUAUAUGAGCAAUCUCAAGUACGAAUUUGAUCACUGGGACGACGCUAUUCACGGUUAUCGCGAAACUGAACGUCUGCAGUGGAAUGAAGCCAACACAAAAAUUCUAGGCAGGGUACGAGAACUGGCUUUUCCACCUAACGUGGCGCAAUUAAAGUAUGUACACAUUUUGGACUUGGAGGAAAAGGGGCACAUCAAACCGCAUAUUGAUGCCGUUAGGUUCUGUGGAGACACCAUAGCUGGCUUGAGUUUAUUAACGGAUAGCGUUAUGAGGUUAGUGCAUGACAAAAAGAAAGCACUUUAUGCAGACGUGUUGUUGAGAAGGCGUUCCCUGUAUGUCAUGAAAGGGACAGCUCGGUUUGACUAUACACACGAACUUUUGGCAAACAAAUUCAGUCUGUUUAAAGGUGAGAAAAUUUUCAAGGGUAGACGCAUUUCGGUGAUUUGUAGAAACGAACCUAGUUCUGAACGCACUAGUAGUUAGGUUUUGUAACCAAAGUAUUAAAUAAAACUUAGGAUAACAAUAUAAA